AUGCCUAACAUCAAGGAAUUCUUUUCCAACACGGAGCGCGGGGAAUUCCCCGAAGUCGUGGUCCCCUUGGCCCGCGGCUCCGCGACCAAAGACGCUGACUCCAGCAGUGGCCUCGACCAGGAAAAGACUGCCAGUGCGACUGCGACUACGACACUGACUAUCGAGGCUCUUAAGGCAGAGAUCGAAGCUGACAUCGGUGCUUCCGGUCAUGACACUGCUUACGAUCGCAAAGCGAAGGUGAUCAACAGAGCCGUCCAGGACAUCGGUAUGGGACGCUACCAAUGGGGCCUGUUCGUUCUCUGUGGAAUGGGUUGGGUUGCAGACAACCUUUGGCUACAGGGUGUUGCUCUAACCCUGACCCCCAUCGCCAUGGAAUUUGGUGUCUCCGAAAAUGAGUCUCGUUUCGCAACUUGUGCCCUCUUCGUGGGUCUGAUUGUCGGUGCUUCCUUCUGGGGAAUUGCGUCCGAUGCCAUUGGACGUCGCCCGGCUUUCAACAUGACUCUUUGCAUUUGCGGUACAUUCGGUCUCGCCGCCGGAGGUGGUCCUAACUGGGUUGGCACAUGUGCGUUGUACGCGUGCUUGGGUCUCGGUGUUGGUGGAAAUCUGCCCGUCGACGCAGCCGUUUUCCUCGAAUGUUUACCUCCCAACUCAACUCAGAUCCUGAGUGGACUGGCCACUUGGUGGUCGGUCGGUACUUUGAUCGCCAGUAUGCUCGCCUGGGCCUAUAUCCCCACCUUCUCUUGUGAAAGCUAUGCCAACUGCACCAAGGCGGACAACUGGGGCUGGAGAUAUCUGGUGCUGACUCUGGGUGCCAUCACCUUUGCCAUGUUCCUGUGCCGAUUCUUCCUCUUCACUCUCUACGAGUCCCCCAAGUUCCUGGUUUCUCGCGGUCGUCAGCACGAGGCGGUCGCUGCAGUCCACGGCAUUGCCCACAAGAACAAGACCACGACCUGGCUCACCGAGGAUAUCCUCAACGAGAUCGGCGGUUACCCCGAGGAGGUCAAGGACAAGCAAGCUUUGUCGACCGGUGAUAUCAUCAAGAGAUCUCUGGAGCGAUUCUCCGUUCAGCAGAUCAAGCCGUUGUUUGCUACCAGACGUCUUGCCAUCUCAACUAUCCUGAUCUGGUUCUGCUGGACCUGUAUCGGAAUGGGCUACACUCUGUUCAACGCCUUCCUGCCUCAAUACCUGAGCGCCAACUCCUCCACCUACAUCACCUACCGCAACUACGCCAUCACAGCCGUCUGUGGUAUUCCCGGCCCCCUCCUCGGCUGGGUCAUGGUUGACAUCAAGUACAUCGGCCGCAAAGGCACCAUGGCCGCAUCCACCCUGAUCACCGGAGUGCUUCUCUUCUGCUUCACAGCCACCAAGGACCCCAACAUCCAGCUCGUGUGCUCCAGUCUGGAAUCCUUCUUCCAGAUGAUCAUGUACGGUGUGCUAUACGCCUACACCCCCGAAGUCUUCCCCGCCCCCAACAGAGGUACUGGAUCCGGAAUUGCCAGCUGCUUGAACCGUAUCGCCGGUCUCAUGGCGCCCAUCAUCGGUAUCUACGCCAGUACCGAUCCCCUUGGCCCCAUCUAUGCGGCUGGUGCUUUGAUUCUGGCUUCAUUUGUCGCUAUGUGUUUCUUGCCCAUCGAGACACAGGGCAAGCAGGCUAUGUAA